AUGGCCGACGGGAUGGCCGACGAGAUGGCCGGCAGGAAGGGCAAGCAGAUGGGCUUUCAAGAGCAAGUAGACAAGGUCGGCAUGCCUAUCCAUGUCACGGCGGCGAUGGACGAAGUGGUGGCGCUGCUGGCAGACGAUGCCGAGGGCGAUCUGGUCACACCGCCCUUUGGAUCAGAGGAUGCGCCGUUCCGUAUGGUGGCAGAGCGUGACGUCAAGCGGCUGUAUCUCCUGGCUGACGGGAAGCUCGACAAGUUGCCAGUGGCUCAGUCCAAGCCAGCACCCAACGUCGAUUUGGCCUCGAGCUUGGCAGACGACCACAUGCGGUUGUAUGCCUUGGCUGAUGUGGAGGCUCUGGCUCUCUCUGUCCAUGGAUCCGAGGAGGAGCUCGUCCGCAAGCGCAAGUCGCUGUGGGAGCUGGCUGCCAAGGCGAGUAAGACCGUGGGGCGGACGGCGCGGGCACGGCGCGUGAGCCAGAAAAGCGGGAGCAGCGGCAGCUCAGGUGGCGACGCCGGCUGGGUGCCUGGGACCAAGGCCGUGUACACCGCCAUUGCCACCAACUCGAUCAUCUGCGUCUCCAAGGCUGUCGCCUUUGCCUUCUCCGGAUCGGGCGCGCUCCUUGCCGAGACCCUACACUCGGCCGCAGACGUGGGCAACCAAUCACUGCUUGCGGUGGGCAUUGCCAAGUCGACUCGCGAGUCGGACGAGGUUCAUCCAUACGGCUACGGCUCGGAGCGCUACGUCUGGUCGCUCAUCUCGGGCGUCGGCGUAUUUUUCCUCGGCUGCGGCGCCUCCGUCUACCACGGCAUUCACUCGCUUUUGCACCCGCAGCCGGUCGAGGCGCAAACAAUGGCGUUGGCUGUCCUCGGUCUCUCGUUUGCUCUCGAGGCAUACUCGUCGGCUGUCGCCGUCGCCGAGAUCAGGAAGGAGGCCGCCAAGGUCAACGUCUCGUUCCUCGAGUACGUGACCAACGGCUCGGACCCGAUGAACACCGCGGUGCUGCUCGAGGACGGCGCAGCCCUGGUCGGCGUCGGCAUUGCUGCCGGCGCCAUCGGCCUCACCGCCGUCACCGGCAACCCCAUGUACGAUGCGCUCGGCUCGAUCGCCAUCGGCGGUCUGCUCGGCGGCGUCGCCACCUUUCUUAUUGCCAAGAACAGAGCCGCGUUGCUCGGCAAGUCGAUCUCGCCCGACAAGCUUCGCACCGUCCGCCGCCUCCUCGAGUCGGACCCCAUGGUGGCCUCGGUCCACGGCGUCCGCGCCGUCUCGCUCGGCGCCGACAACGCCCGCCUCGCUGCCGACAUCAACUUUGACGCCGCCGCCCUCGCCCGCGCCGCCUGGCCAGACUUGGACGCCUCGUACACUGAAAUCACCUCGCUCCGCUCGAUUGAGGAGGUCCACGCUUGGCAAAAAGCCGCCUCGCUCCUCCUCAUCGAGCGCAUCGGCGCCGAAGUUGACCGUCUGGAGCAGGUCGUCCACACCGCCGUCCCGGAGAUCCGCUACAUCACGCUCGAGGUAUUGUAG